GACUGGAUGAUCCUUGUGGGUCCCUCCUAGCCCUGGAUAUUCCGUGAUUCUAUGAAUCUGUGAUCCAUAGCUCACUACUGUUCACAGAUGUAGCCAAGUCUCUUGAUAACCAAUGACACAAUUGUUUCUUUGGACUUCCAGUUUUUUAUUUAACAUCACAACAUUGAAGCACAGUGUUUUAAAAUUAUGCCACAAUUUUCCAUAGAAGUGGGAACUUUAUUAUCUUUGGUUUUGCUUCAGCUGAAGACAAGCAAGUUUUAAUUAUAACAUCUGUGACUUUUGUGUAAUUCUUUCCUUUUGAAAAGCAGAGAACUGUUAAGUUCCUUCCUCAAAUCAUAACUUCAUACUUUUAAAAAACAACCUCCCAAAAGCUAUGGUGCAGAGGGAUAAAUUCUCGCAGAAAUAGAAUGUUCAUUCAUUUCAAUAAGCAAAAGCAAUAUGACAGCAAAUGGCCUAAUAUGUGAGUUUACUCAAUCCUUUAAAUCCUUUCUGGAAAUUAAUUCACUUGGGAAAGAACAAUGAAAUUCCUGGUAGAUCACUAGAAUAAAGAUUUCCAUGUGCAGCUCAAACUGCAAUUGAACAGAUUCUGACUCUUGGCAUCAUGUAUCCAGCGGAGCCUCCUGGGAGCCGCUUGGGGCAAUGAACUUUGUCCUGUGUGUUUUACAGGGCACCCCGGGAAUUCUGGGCUCUGGGGGCAUUCCCUGCUUGGCUCAGCUUCUACUUUAUUCCACAGUGUGUGCUGACAGACCAAGCAGGUGAUCCGAGCUGGCCCUGAGAAGGGCCCUGCUUGUGCCUGCUGUGACACGAGGCAGGACUUCCCUUGGCUGGAGUUCAGUGGCAGCACUGCAUCCAGAUGACAAACACCCACGGGUGGCAAUACAGGAGCAGCAUCCGUGCCCCCGUGGUUCCAAGCACUUCAGUGGAGUUUGCUUCAAGAAAGCCUCUUUUAAAGAUCAGUUUGCACAGCUGCUUUGCUUGCUUUUCCUUUUUCUUUCUGGCUAGCUCUGUCCAGCCCCCUAAAAUAUUUUAAUCUUGUAAAUAUAAAUAUCAUUUGAACAUAUGAAUGAUUGUGCCUUUAACCUGAUUUACUAAGACAAGGCCCGUGUAAUCCCAUUGUUUUACCUGCUGCUCUUUCAUGUCCAUCUCUUAAAUCAUUUGUGAAUGUUUGCAAAUCUCAACGAGGUGCGAUAGAGCAACUUAAAAGUAUUAAAUUCUUACAAGUGUUGUGAAAGCUGGAAGCUGGAUGGAUUAAAAGUGGGAACUCAACAUUCAGCUGCUUUUGUGUCUUAGUGGCAAGAUGAUCAUGGCACAGAAACGCACUGGCCUCCUGCCCAGCAGAAAGGUGCGCAAUUCGGGAAGGAUAAAAGGAUGGCAUGGCUGGGAGGGCUGUGGGAUGGUGUGGAGGGAACGCUGGGGAAUGGUUUCACCAGAGGUAACUCAGGGAGAAGGUGCUUUAUUUUGAUGGGGAGUAUCAAUCAAAAGUACAACUGACAUCAGGGGAAGGGCCAGGAGGGUUUGGAUCUACCUUAUUUGUGACAUCUACGAAAUCACUGAACUCUUCUAUCCUUCAGUUCCUUCAAACAAGUAUUCAGAGCUCCUCAUGUCAUGCAGGUUGUUAUUUAUGAAAGUAGUUCAGUGUUUCUGAUACUGGUCAGGGUGGGUGGGGAAUGCUACAGCACACACAGAUCAAGCUAAAAAGUGUUGCACCUCUUCCCUUCUUGCCUCAGAAAGCAAAAGCAGUUGCAGGAGGAGGACUGGGCUUAGCAUCAGUGCAAGGUGAGAGACAGGUCCCAGUAAUCCCUGUUCAAUCCAGCCCGGUGCCCCAUUUCCUGAAGGCUCAUUUAGAACAGCAGUUCAUUUUUUGCAGCUUAUGAAAGACACGCUUGCUCCACACUCUGUCCUGGAGGGCUAAAAGCCACAGCACAGCCGUGACACCUGGGUUGGACCUGCCCGCCGUCCUGGGGUCGUGGGGUCGGCGGCUCGGAACAUUUUGCAUCUCGUAUUAAAACAAAGGCUGGUGUCCAGCAGUGUCUGGAUGAAAGACGGGGGUUAGGCCUGUCUCCAGCUCCCGAGAGGCUGCGGACAAAGGGGAGGAAGGAGGAGGAGGAGGAGGAGGAGGAUGGCUGCCUGCAGGGUGCACUGCUGCCCCGCUGCACUGCGCCCGCCCUGCGGGGCAUCCCCUGCGCCAGGAGCUGCUUCUCCAGCUGGGCUCACGCGGGGGGUUUAAAAGCAUAGCGAUAAAUAAGCCAAAAUACACUGUCUGCAGGCACGGCCCUGUGUGUUUGUGUCAAAUUAAAGUUACCCUCAUUAAGCGCCGGCGUUACAGCGCAGCCCUUCAGUCACCAGAGGACAAAGCGAAGCCACUGUUACAGUUCUCUGGAAAAAGAACGACAUGAAUUAUUCUUCGAUUAUUUAAUGUAUGUGUCCAGCGGACCGUGUGACAGGGCUCAGUUGUUGAUUUUGCAGUUUGUCCUGUCUAAACGUGGAGUUCAUCGAGGGCUGAGGCAGAGGCCGUACUGCCACUUGAAAAGGCAUCCUCUGGAGUUUUGAGCCUGUGGAGCUGUUUCACAUGAGGCAGAGUAUGACUCAUGCUAAUGAAAAGGGUAAAGAAGAUUUUUUUUAAGAAAUAUAUCGCAGUUAAAUUAGUUUAGACAGCAUGACAUCAGAGAGUAAUUAAAUAGGUUUGUUGGAAUUCCGUUUCCAAUUCCUGAGUUCAGGUUUGUAAAAGAUUUCUGAGCACCUGCAGGUCUCUGUGUGUGAAAUAUUUUCACUGGAAAGGAUUCAAAACUUUAAAAAAACCUUUUAACACAGAGGCAGCAUUACGCCAUUCUUCCUUCUUGGAAAAAAAAAAAAAACCCUUGGAUUUAAACAGGACUCCUUCAAGUUUUCAGUCAGUUUUACAGAAGAAAACGAGGUGGUAAACUUUCUCUUUUCAAGAACAAGUUCUUUAUAGCUGCUAACUGAAGUCAGGGGAGAUCGUAUCUGAGUACAUGAGCAUUUCCACUAUGGGACUGGAUACAAGCAUUGAACAACGAGAUUCGAAAUGUUUUAAUCUCAAACAAAAAUCAUUUUUGCUGACUUUGGUUUUUAAUUUCUUUCAUGUUUUCUUCUGCCAAACUGGAGGAACCUUUUCUGAUUUUUUCUUUAGUGGCAUUCAGAGGAAGACCAGAGGAUGAAAAUCCUGCAUUUUCUCACUUUACUGCUUUGGCAUUUGACUUGGCUGUCUCUGGAUCUAGUUCCUGGAGCGCUGAGUAAUUCUGAAGCAGGCCAGGGUAAUCCAGGAUCUAAACUAGGGUUUUUAAAAGCAGAAGGAAAGGAGAGGAGUCCCUCUGCACGGGCAGGUACACUGAGGACUGCAAGCCAUGGAUAUAGUGCUGGGAACUCAAAGGCUAGGACUAAAAGCAGUGCUGUUCAGGCUGGAGCUCUGCUGGCCAAGAACGAUGAGUCAAAGAAGGUUCCCUCAAGAACAGCAGCCGUGGAGGGCAAGGUAGGACAUCUCCCCAGCAGACCUUCUGGAGUAAGGACAGUGACUCCAAAGGUUCAAAAUCUUAGCAGCAAGGUGGCUUUGAAAAAAACUGGCACAAGCAGUACUGACACUGACUCUUUCAAAACCAAAAAGACUAAAGAGCCUGUAACCCAGAGGGAAGCUAAGGAAACCUUCCGACAUCCCCCGAUAACGCCACAUGAAUACAUGCUCUCUUUGUACAGGACUCUCUCAGAUGCAGAAAGAAAAGGUGUUAAUGGAAGCGUAAAACUGGAGGCUGGACUUGCCAAUACAAUAACCAGCUUUAUAGACAAAGGACAAGACGAGCGAGCACCAACUAUAAGAAAACAAAAAUAUAUUUUUGACAUCAGUGCAUUAGAAAAAGAUGGUUUGCUGGGAGCAGAGCUUCGAAUAUUGAGGAAGAAGCCUUCUGAUACAUGGAAGUCUCAUUCUUCUGGAAAAACUUCCCAAGUGAAAUUAUUUAGCUGCUCUACAAACAGACAAGCAGCAACUCUCCUGGACUCUCGGACCGUCAGUAUCACCGACACACCGAAGUGGGAAGUGUUUGACAUCUGGAAGCUUUUCAGAAACUUUAAAAACUUGGUUAACUUGUGUUUUGAGCUGGAAACUUUUGACAGAGGGAGAGCUGUUGAUCUCAGGAGUGUGGGAUUUAAUAGAACAGGAAGACAGGUCAAUGAAAAGGCUCUGUUCUUGGUGUUUGGGAGGACAAAAAAAAGAGACUUAUUCUUCAAUGAAAUCAAAGCUAGAUCUGGCCAAGAUGACAAAACUGUUUAUGAGUACUUGUUCAACCAGAGGCGGAAGAGAAGAGCUCCUCUGGCAACACGGCAAGGGAAGAGGCCCACUAAGAAUCUGAAGGCGAGGUGUAGCAGAAAAGCCCUCCACGUGAAUUUUAAGGAUAUGGGCUGGGAUGACUGGAUAAUAGCCCCUCUGGAGUAUGAAGCAUAUCACUGCGAAGGGCUCUGUGAAUUCCCCCUCCGGUCCCACCUGGAGCCCACCAACCACGCAGUUAUCCAGACGUUGAUGAACUCCAUGGACCCGGAAUCGACCCCCCCGACCUGCUGCGUCCCAACCCGGCUGAGCCCCAUCAGCAUUCUUUUCAUUGACUCUGCAAACAACGUGGUCUACAAGCAGUAUGAGGACAUGGUGGUGGAGUCGUGUGGUUGCAGGUAGCAGCACAGUCGCUCCCGUGAAUAUAUUAUUAAUAUAACAUAACCUUGGACAUAACCUCUCCUCAAACAAGGUUAACUGCAUUUCUUACCUCUAGGGUAAGUGUGUUUACAAGGACGUAGCAAUAAACGCAGUGCUGCUAUAUGUCUCUCCAUGGGCAUAUUUCAGUAGCAUUUGGAUGCUGUCAUGCAGCUGGAUGUAAGGCCUUGUGCCGGUGACACGAGACUGGCCCUCACUGAAGUCCAUGACAGAGAAGAUGAUACCUCUACACCUCUAGAUCGCCUGCUUUUAGCCUCAAGGCAGUGGAUAAAGAAGGUAUCGGUGAGCUGUGGAUAUGACCUGUUUGAUCCUUUGAACAUUGUUCUUGAGACUGAAUUUAUGCCCGAUUCCCAUGUGCUUUGUCCAUUCAUAAAUGUAAGAAAAGAGUCCCGAUGUCUAGAAAGGAAGGUUGUGUUCUGGUGUGCCCCCAUCUUGGUGUAAAUAGUUGCACUGUAAUGUGAUUUCUUUCUGAUUAGCUCUUGAAACUAUGCAUAUAUAAAAAAAGGAGUCAUUAAAUAUAAUAUGUUGGUUUAGUUUUAAGUUUUACAUGAAGAUAGGUGAUGCAGGAGGUAUUUGCUUCCAUGUAUGUUUUCCUCCAAGCUACAUAUCUUUCUUAAGUAUCCACCUUUCCAUUAUUAUGUAGCAAGAUAUAUUAUUCUGUAUAAGGUCCAAGUUGUUCUCAAAUGCUCAUAGUAAAAGUGUUCAAUUAUGGCAUAAGAUGUAAUAAAUUAUUGACACAGUGCUGCAUUGUGUCUAGCUGUCCAACUCUGCAUAAUUAUAAUGCUAUUAAGAAAUUUGUUUUAUGCUUUUGUACAAUAAAUACAAGUGAAAGGGACUUUUCAGUGAAGCAGAAUACCAGGGGUAUGCAAAACAUGUCCAUGUAUUUUGCUGGCACAGGGAGAAACUGUGGAAACAUUGGAAGAAAGAUCUGAAAGGAUGGCCUGGUUUGAUCUGGUGGGGAAUAAGACUCUCACUUGAUUUAUCUAGGGCAAAAAUGAGUUUAUGCAGAUGGUUGCAAAGGAGCUCUGAUAUCCUUUUAUUCCACCUUCCAAGGGCUGUGUGUUUGCAUAUCCCCUUUAUUCCAGACAUGGAUUAUAAAUUUAUUGUGGGAUUGCUCCUGUGUGUUUCCACCCACAAAACUAGGUACCAGAUGUUCAACUGCAGAUGGAUCAGGAAGGUCAUAUGAACCAUCAGAAAUUACUGAAGGAGUUUAUCAAUAGUAGAAAAUAUAAAUGCUAAGAUUUGAUAUUGCUUAGACCAUCAAGUCAUAAGGUUUCCUGGGUCUGUCCUCUCCUCUGCUCAGCAUCCCUUGCUGUGGGUUGUGGCAGGGAGCUGAGUAUGGCCCCUGACA